GAGAAGCAAGAGAGAGACGCCCACGCGCGUCCAGCAGAGAGGCUAGACCAUCCAUAUCAACGAACAGAGAAUGCAAUUCACAUUUAUUAGGCCUAAAUAAAAUGUUAUUCUACAAGCAGCUGUUAACCAGUCAUAAACAAAUCCAUCAACUACUGACUCGGACGAUAUUGAGAUGUGUAACCUGCUGUGGAACUGCCAGAGAGAAAUUCAAUUGGCUGAAAGACUAUGCCCCCAAAUUUGGAAUAAAUGGAGGGAAUGUAACUGUGUUAGAUGGCCCACAACACUUUUACAGUACACUUAAGACCGGCAUUGAAAAUGCAAACAAGAGAGUGGUCUUGGCAUCUCUGUAUCUUGGAGAAGGCCAACUAGAGCAGGCUUUGAUUGAUAGCCUGUUGUCCAGGUGCUCCGAAUCUGAAUUACGUGGUGCACCGAUCAAAGUGCAGGUGCUGUUAGAUUACACACGAGGUUCACGUGGUGUUACAAACUCGCGGACGUUACUCCUCCCAUUGCUGCAAGGUCAUGGCGAGACAUCACAGGUGGCCUUGUACCACACUCCUCACCUGCGAGGCAUUUUACGCAGUCUGAUUCCAGAGCGAUACAAUGAGGUGAUUGGACUGUCGCACUUGAAAGUUUAUUUAUUUGAUGAUAGCCUGGUAAUGAGUGGAGCAAAUUUAAGCAAUGAUUACUUCACCAAUAGACAAGACCGUUAUAUCCUAUUCAGAAACGUUCCUGAAGUCAGCGAGUUCUUUUGUCAACUUGUCACGACAGUUAGUACAUUCUCUCUCCAACUUGAUGCAGAAAAUUCAAUAGAUCUUCACCCAAGUUUUCAAAUCCAUCCAUUCAGAGACAAUCUGAAAACGUUCAACAAGGAAGCUUCAAAACGGGUUAAAUCUCUGAUCGGUCCAUAUCCAAAUCAGGAUGAUGGGGGACACCAUACUUUCCCCAUCCCACAUAAUACCAACCUUGCAGAUGCAAUUUCAGAAAAAUUUACUACUUUAUCAAAAGCAAUACCCUCCAAACCAGAGGUGAUGUCAAGGAACUAUUCAUCUCUUUCUCAACACUGCCUAGAAUUUGAUAACACUGCCACAGACCCAGUUGUUUCAGAUACAAACUAUGAAAAGGGAUUGAAAUUACUGGACGAAUUGAACAGUAUAUUAACUCGCAGUCAUGGACUACAGAAAUGCGACGAUAUUCAAAAAUUAGGUAAACAUAUUACUAAUUUAUCAGGGAGUAACAAAGAAAAUAAUGAUGUAGAUAGACAUGAAGUAGCUAUCAAUAGUAACCAUGGUGUGAAGAAACACCUAUCAAUAUGGCAACCGUUUAAUGCAACUGGAACAGAUCAUUCUUCGCUGCAUAAUAAUUCAGUAUGUAAAUCCAUCACAAAUUCUCAUUGCAAUAUGUCAGUGGAUACCCACCAUGGAGCUUCAGAUGAUGGUAAACAGUUAUCAAUGAACAAAGAAACUUCAGGUACAAUUAAUUCAUCUAACAAUAGCAGUGAUACAGCUGGUAAAGUUGACACCUGGUUGUACCCACUUGUACAAAUGGGGACCCUGGGGAUUACUGUGGAUCAGGAGGUUACAGGAAAAUUGCUGCAAACAGCAGGUGAGGACAGUACCUGCGUGCUGGCGUCUGGAUACUUCAACUUGGUGGAGGAAUACCUGGAUUUGAUCACCAAUUCACGAGCCAGUUAUCGUAUACUAAUGGCAUCUCCUCAGGUGAAUGGUUUCUACAAAGCCAAGGGAUUUCCAGGCUACAUACCAGAUGCUUAUACAUUCAUCGCUAGGAAGUUCUACAACAGGAUGAAGCACACUGGUCAGUUAGCACGUGUCAAGCUCUUCGAGUUCCACAAACAGAACUGGACGUUUCAUGCUAAAGGGUUGUGGCUGUGUAUCAAUGGGCAUCAGGUACCAUCUUUAACCUUGAUUGGCUCACCUAACUUUGGAUACCGUUCCGUUCAUCGUGAUCUUGAAGCACAAGUGGCCCUGGUUACAGAGAACCAUAGUCUACAAAACCAGCUUCAUCAGGAGCAUAUUCGUCUAUUCAAGAAAUCAAAGCCGGUGUCGGCAGCUACAUUUGAUGAACCUGAUCGCAAGGAACCGUUGUGGGUUCGAUUAAUAGUACCCAUUAUCAAGAACUUCUUCUAGUGGUUAUAUAUAGUGGUUAUUUCGUCAUCAUACUCAUUGCAAUGAUUCUCCAACAUGUGUCAGCGGACAAUCCCUUGUUAACUUCACACACAGUACUCAAACCAGUGGCAUUUUUAGUGCCGGGGGCAUGAGUGGCAAUCACUGAUUUGACAGGGAAGAUUUGGGGUGUUAUUUCAUCUAUGGUCCAGGGAUACAUUCCACCUUGAAUUGCCGGAGUUUCAGACAUCCCUCUAUAUUUAUAACAUGAUUUCACCUUUCUGGCAACCACUGAAUUCACUAUGAGAAAUUACACUCGAUUCGCCAGUGCAAACGUUUGUAAUAAUAUUUGUUUUGCGGUUUUCAUGAAUGUUAAAUGAUAGUAAUUUAUCACCUUGGAAUGAAAAUCAAGAUAAAUAAUAUCAGUAAACUUUGUAUAAUGUUCAGUGUUAUUUGAUAAAAAUGUAUUCUUCAAUAUAUCCAGGAUGGAAUGCAAUACAGAUUGUGUGAAUUUAUUAUAUAAUUACUCUUUUUUUUUAUAUUAUUAUAUCUGUUAUUGUAUUAGUUAUAAGAAUACAAUAAAGAACAUACAAAACAAUAGCACAAAA